UUUAUUAGAACUUCGAAUUUCGAAUGAUUAUGAAUCGUAAAAAAUGAUGACUAUUAAUAUUUACGUAUCUGUAUUGAAAUAUAGAUUAUGGAAUGUUAACCUAGAGACUUCCUCAUAUGACAUCUUUCACGUGGCUUUAACAAACCCUAAGCAAUUUUAAAUACUUACGAGAUUGUCUACGUCAUGUAUUGAUUGUUAAAUAGAUAUUAAUUGUUUAAAUAUAUUAAAUACUUGUACCUAUAAUUUACUAAGAAAAUGACGAUAAAAAAAACUAAAGCAGCAACAAAAGGUGCAAAACAGAUAGUGGAAGAAAAUAAAACUACAUUAAAUUUUUAUCAAAAUAUGAUAAUUGGAGCAAUAGGAAUAUAUUUUACUGUUACAAUGUUGUUCUUUAACUUUACAACAUUAUCAACUGUGAGUUUUGUAUUUAGUACAGGAGGAAAUUAA